UUGCAGAGCAUGGCACAGAAAGCAGUUCCGGAGACCUCCUCGGAGGGAAUUCAUCCCACCUACAUGCACAAGGUGGUUCUCCUGGGGAGCACAUCAGUGGGCAAAUCGAGCCUGGCCUACCGAUACGUGAGAAAUGACUUCAAGGAGUCGCUGCCCACCGUGGGAUGCUCCUUCUUCAUGCAGACGCUCAACCUGGAGGUAGCCACCAUCAAGCUUGAGAUCUGGGACACAGCAGGCCAGGAGAAGUACCACAGCGUCUGCCACCUCUACUACCGGGGUGCCCACGCUGCUCUCCUCGUUUACGACAUCACUAAGAAGGAAACACUCAACAGAGCAAAGCUGUGGCUGAGGGACCUGGAGAAGGAAUUCCUUCCGGAUGAAAUUGUCAUUGCCUUGGUGGGCAACAAGAUGGACCUUGCUGCUGAGCGAGAAGUUGCCACCGAGGAGGGGGAAGAGUUUGCAAGGACCAAAGGCCUUCUGUUCAUGGAGACGUCUGCAAAAUCCAACCACCAAGUAAAUGAUAUCUUUAUGGCCAUAGCCCAAGAGCUCCUGCAGCGGGAACAAAAGAAGGCAUCUGCCUCAUCCCCGCAUGGGAGGUCAACAGUUGACCUGGGGGAGAGCGGGGUGAAGAGGAGGUGCUGCCAGUUCUGAGGAUGGACAGCUGUGGACCUCAGGCUGCACUGCCAGCAGUGGCUGGAUGAGGUUUCCAAGAGGAUCAACGACAAUGUUGGGAGAUGCAGAACUACAGGGGCAGCUCAGCCCAACCACUCUCCUCCUCAGAGGAAGGUCAGAGCCUGUCCUAGGGACACAGGACCUCUUCAAUUCUCCAGGAGGUAAAGCCUGGGGGGCUUCUUCCACCAACUUUCUGCUACCAGAGAGGAGCAUGACACUCUGGUACUCCUGCCACCAGCCCUGACUGGUGACACACCCUGCCCCAGCUGCCUGUCAGCUCCUCUGUGUCCCUUCCCAUCCAAAAAGGGAGGGGUUAACAUUUUGGAGUGAAGCAGGUGCAUCCUGGUGGCUUUUAUCCCCAGGCUGCAAAUAAAGAGAA